CCCCAGGUCGCACGCCCAUUUCCGGCGCGCUGGCGUCGAGGCGGAAGUGCGUCAGUUGUUAUGCGCUGAGGCGCUGCCGCCGCCUCACGAGUCAGGGCGCCCCAGCUCGGCCGCCCGCCGGCCGCCCGCCGUGGGGCGCGUCCCCGGGGCCGCGGGCCGGGCCGCCGAGCGCGCCCCGACGCCAUGCGCGCACCGUGCCGCGCCGGGGCGCCCUGGCCGCGCGGGGCCCGGCACUGACCUCCGCCUCCUGCCCCCCGGACGGUAUGGAGGCCGCGGCCCGGCCCGGCCGGCGCCCCCGCGCGGGACACACCCGGACCCGCGGCCGAGAGCCCAGCUUGGCAGCGGGCGACGACCCUGAGCCCGGGCCCGGCAAGGAGAACGCGGGGCUGCUGCCCGCGCCCCGCACGCCGCGCCCCUUGCGUCCCCCGCGCCGCCGCCGCCACGAAUCGGGUUCGCAGGACGAGGAGGUCAUCGACGGCUUCGCCAUCGCCAGCUUCAGCUCGCUGGACGCCCUACAGAAGGACUUGGCCCUGGAGCCACAUGAGCGGAAGCAGAAAUGGGAGUGUCUCUUGGCCAAGAAGCCCCAAGAAGUGGAGGUCAGCUCAGUGGUGUCGGCUACAGAGUCAAAUGAAAAUGGGUUGGCCCCAGAGCCAAGCAGCCCCCAACAGGAUUUGGAGCCCCGCUAUGGCCAGGGGGAAAAGGUCCCCCUGCAGCCAUCCAAGCAGGUAUGCUCCUCAGAAGGAGGGGCACUCCCAGACAGCUCCUGGGACCAGAACAGCCCAGCCCAGGAACAGCAGCAGCAGCUCCACCCUGCCCAACGGUCAGCCUCAGAUCCCUGCCAGCGAUGCCAGCCCCAGCAGACUCUCCGGAACCCCAGGCAGCCCCACCUGCCCCGACAGCCACCCCCCAGUCAGCGCAGUUGGCCCCAGAGACCACUUUCAGGCCCAAGGCAGCCCUGCCAGCCCCGACGGUCACUUCUGGGCCCAGGUCAGCCCUGCCACCCCCAACGGCCGCUUCCAGCCUCAGGUCAGUGCAGCCGGCCCCGGCGGGUACUCCUGGACCGGCCCUUUCGCCCACACUGGGCACUGCUGGGCCCUAGGCAGCGUUGCUGGUGCCUGCGUUCCCUCCUGGUCCCCUGUCAUCACUACUACCCCCUGCGUUCCCUGCUGGGACAGUGCCACCGCUGCCGGCCCCUGCGUUCCCUUCUGGGUCUGUGCCACCGCUGCCGCCCCCUGCGCUCCCUUCUGGGCCCACGCCACCACUGGCGACCCCUGCUGAACCUCUGGCACCGCUGCUGGCCCGUGCGGACAUGGGUCCACCCAUGUUUCCGUGGCCGGCCUGGCAGGCCAUCCUCAGGACAGCGCCACCGACCGUUCCGGUCACAGCCUGCCCAGUGCCAGUGGUGCCAUCCCCCACAGUCACUGCUCACAAUGCGCCCACGACGCCGGCCCUCCACUGCCCUCGUAGGUCAGUGCUGCUGCCCAAGGCGGGCACUUUCAGCCCCAUGCCUGCCUCGGAGGUCUCUCCUAGGCCGGCCCCGGCGGUCACUGCUGGGCCCGGGACAACCCCAGCCAUUAGGGGGUGACCCAGAGCAGCCUGAACCUCCAAAACCUUCACUGCUGGGCCCUGGACAGCCACGCCAACGAAAGCGGCCACUCUUAGAACACCCCCAUCCACCCAAGCAGCCACUCUUGGGCCCCAAGCAGCCUUGCCGGCCCCUGCGGCCGCUUUUGGACCGCAGCCAGUCUGGCCAACCCCAGCCACUGCUGCCCACACCAGAGCCCCCAUCACUCCUGGGACGGCCACCACACCAGCCCCUCCUGGGGCACCCGAGCCAGCCCCGGCAUGCUCUGCUGGACCUAGGUCGGGCCCACCAACCCCGGCGCUCCAUCCUGACCCCUAGCCACCCCUGCCAGCCCCUCAGGCCUCGCCGGACUCGCUCCUGCACCCCUGCAGUGGCCCGCCAGGCCCCAUCUGUGAGCCCUGGGGCCUGAAUCCUCCAGACCACCCCAGAAGGGGCCGGACUACCUCUGCCUAUGGCCCAAGACCCUCCACCAGACUGACCAUGAGCUGCCGAGAAGGCCUGUCCGUUUGCUCUUGGAACCAGGAGGCCUGCUGGCUGGGUUCCCCAUAUCAAAAGUGGAGAGGACCCUAGUAUCUUGUCACACCUGCCCAGGGUAGGGGGGCACUACCUUUGCACCUCUUCCUGGAAGUCUUGUGUGCCAGUCUCUGCCAGCUGUGUGUUGCCCAGUGUUACCUGGGGGACACGGUCAUGAGCCUCACCCUCUGCCCUGCCCCAGCUGGGCAGAACGGGAGCUAUUGUCAUCUGAGUCUUACAGAGGGUGGCCAGUUGGAACUGGUGACAGAUACCCAGCCCCGGGGUCAGGAGAGGCUGCAGGUGCAGACUGAAUGUGGGCAUCCCUGGACUCUGGGUGGGAGCUCGGCUCACCUCUGGCUUGUCAUAUCCCUCUCCAGAGGAAGGCACCCUGUUCCCAGGCCUUUUCUUAAUGCCUUGGGGUGACUCCUUAUCUGGGCUCCAUUCUUUACAGAACAGGGAACAUUUUUCUGUUAAAAUAAAAAAGUGCCAUGUUGUUAUUUUUA